GAAUAUGUUAAAAAUACAUUUUUAACAUUAAUUGCCAAUUUUCCUAUCAACAAUAAUAGAAAGGAUGGAGAGGGCACGAGCGAGAGGUGUACGAGCGAGAGGUGCGGCGGCCAGAGACGACAGCGAUUCCAGACGGUGGCAGACUUAUAGGCGGAGGGAGGUAAAGGAUGGGUCUGAUAAUCUGGGUCCAGGGAGGGCAUUUUUCUUCUACAAUUUUCCAGAGACAUGUUGUGCAAAGGAUUUAUGGUAUCAUUUCCAGAGGUAUGGACGCGUGGUGGAUGUCUAUGUGCCUGGGAGAAGAGAUAAGUGGGGGAAACGGUAUGGGUUUGUACGUAUGACCGGAGUGCAGUCUGAACAGGAAAUGGUGAGGAAGCUUAAUGAUAUCUGGAUUGGGUCAUAUAAGGUUCGGGUUAAAGUUGCAGAGGCUAGGAGGAGGCAGACCUCAAGGGUUCGAAGGGCACCGAGGGUUUUAGAGGAAAGGAAACUGGAGCAUAGAAUGGAUAGACUAGUUCAACCGGGGCAUUCAUAUGUGCAGGCAGUGGUGGGGAGUCGUCCACAGAUCAGGGAGACUCCUAGUGGCGCAGGGGCAUUGCGGGAGAAGGUAGGGCAAAGUGUGGUGAAUGAGGCAGUUGAAUCCCCUGUACAGAAUGCUGUAAGGCUCGGGUUGGUGGAGAACAUUUCUGGGCAGUCUAAGGAAAAGGAUAUUGUGUUUACACCAACGAAGGAGGAGACCAAAUGGCUAGAAGGAAGUAUGGUCGCUGAGGUGAAAUCAGUAUCAUUGAUUUCUAACAUUCAAGCUCGAUUAGACGUGGAUGGAGGAGUGAUUACGUUAUUACCAUUGGGAGGAAAAAGGGUGUUAUUAACAGAGCAAGUGUCAGGGUGCUUGGCUGAUUAUACACAGCACAAUAAUGACUUGAUUGAUUUAUGGUUCGAUUCGGUGCAACCAUGGACAUUGGCGAGUCCAGCAGGUUGUCGACUGGUGUGGCUACGUAUUUCUGGAAUCCCGCUUACUGCAUGGUGCGAUAGAUGCUUCCAAAUGUUAGGCGAGUUAGUGGGAGAAGUGGUCCGGAUUCAUGAAGAUACUUCAAAUAAAAUUAUCUUGGGUGAUGGAAGGGUGUUAGUCCUUUGCUCUGAAAAGGGUAAGAUCGUCCGUACUGUAUAUAUGGAAGUGGAGAACCAGGUGUAUGAGGUCGGGUUGAUAGAGGAAGAAUGGCGCUCCGACCCCGAUUGGUGGCUGACGGACGGCGAUAGGCAGUGCGAAUCGGAAACUGAUUCGGAAUGUUCAAUACUACCUAACGGUAGUGAGGAUGCUGACUUGAUUCUCGCCGCAAAAAGUGGAGGGAAUGAGGAUAUUCUUGAUGAGGAAAUGCUGGCGAAGGAAGCUGAUUCAAAUUCAAACAGGAUCUGUGUAACGGAUGGCAGUGACUGUAAGUUAUCUGAAACGGAUGAUAUUGCAGAUGGGUAUAGUGGGCCUAUUGACUGUAACGGGCUGGUGAAUAAGCGGCCUGGGCUUAUUGAGGCCUAUGGGCCCGAUGCAAAUUUGUCUCCAAAGAGGAAUCGAGCCGAUAUUGACAUAAGGCCUGCAGCAGAGCAUGACCAAGUUUUGACCCCUAUUCUGAAUCUAGAAAACAGGGGAGCGACGGGAAAAAGGAGGAAGAAUCUUAUGGAGUGUUAUCCGCAAAAUGAGGCAGAAAUCGGCGACAAGAGCACUCAAUGGGUCACGGCGAGGACCAAGCAGAGACAACGCAGAUGGAAGCAGGCUCAACAGGAGGCACCGAUGAAGGUAGGGGAAAGUAUUUCACUCUCGGAUGGGUGUAUAGCUAAUAGAAAUAGGGUGAUUCAGAGGGAAAUGAAUUUGCUAGAGGUUAGAAGGAUGAUUAGUGUGGGGAAACGGCUGGGUGUUCAGAUCUUAGGGAAUGAAGAAGAGGUUCAGUCCCGGUUAUUGCAGUUAGAGGAACCGGUGGUUGAGCAGGCGCAGGGGGGUUUGAUGUGUGUUUGGAAUAAGGCUAGUUUUGUCAAGCUAGGGGAGUUUGCUGGAGAUGGUUUUCUGGGAAUUGAUGGGGUUUGGGGUCCUGAGAAGGUGUUAUGCCAUUUUGUCAAUGUGUAUGCCCCACAGGAUAGGCAUAAAAAAGUGAGGCUAUGGGAUGAGUUGGGUAAUAUGGUUAUGGAAAAGGGAGGAUGCUGGAUGAUAGCAGGGGAUUUUAAUGCUGUUAGAUGCCCUGAAGAAAGGCGAGGAAGAACUGGAGAAUGCCCAGAAAUGGAGGAGUUUAAUGUCUUUAUUGAGUCAGUAGGAUUGGUUGAUAUCAGAUUGGCGAAUAGACGUUUUACAUGGUACCGACCGGAUGGUUCUUCCAUGAGUCGGCUGGAUAGAUUUCUGAUGACAGAGGAGAUGUAUAGUUUGGGGUGCGAGUGGGUGCAGCAGGGGUUGAAACGGACUGUUUCCGAUCACUGUGCUGUUAUCUUGAAAUCAAGUAAUGCAGAUUGGGGUCCAAAGCCAUUUAGAGUUUUAGAUGCUUGGCAGCAGCAUCCAGAUUUUAAAAAGGCAGUGGAAGGCAAGUGGCGAGGGAUGGAGGUUGAAGGUUAUGCAGGCUAUCGCUGUAAACAGAAGUUAAAAUUGUUGAAGGAAUUUUUGAAGGGAUGGAAUAGGGAUGUGUUCGGGGAUGUGGAGGCCCAACUUGAAAAGGCAUCAGCAAAGGUAGAAGAGAUUGACAGGAGAAAUGAAGAUUUUGAGCUAGAGGAGUUUGAGGUGAGCCAACGACAAGAAGGAGUUCAAGAAAUAUGGGAUGUUUUGCGCAAGAAGGAAGCUAUAUGGAGGCAAAAAUCGAGGUGUAAUUGGGCGCGGCUGGGAGACGCGAACACCAGAUUCUUUCACAAGGUUGCUAAUGGCAGGAAGGCUCAGAACAAUAUACUGGGGCUCUCGUGUGAUGGUAGAUGGGUGGAGGAGCCUAAAAUGGUUAAGAGGGAAGUAGCCAAAUAUUUCUCUACUUUGUUUCAAGGUGAAGUAUGGAACAGACCUCAGCCAGCUGGUGUAAGUUUUCGGCAGAUAUCUGCGGAGAAAAAAGAGUGGUUGGAAAGGCCAUUCUCAACGGAAGAGAUUGAAGAUGGGUUAAGAGGCUGUGAAGGGACUAAAGCACCUGGUCCGGAUGGUUUUAAUUUCAACUUCCUCAAGUUUGCCUGGAGCGUUGUAAAGGAGGACUUCGUGAGUUGCUUCAAUGAAUUCCAUCAGAAUGGCAGGUUAGUAAGAGGCUUAAACUCUUCCUUCUUGACUUUGAUCCCUAAGAAGCAAAACCCUACGGAAUUGAAGGACUAUCGUCCUAUUAGUCUAAUUGGGUGUGUUUAUAAGUUAUUGGCUAAGGUGUUAGCUAAUAGACUUAAGGUUGUGAUGUCGGAAAUUAUUAGCGAGACUCAAUCUGCUUUUUUGGGGGGCCGUCAACUGGCGGAUAGUGUGUUAGCUCUAAAUGAAGUUGUUGAUGAAAUUAAAAAGAGUAAACAAAAGGCUUUUGUUUUCAAAGCUGAUUUUGCGAAAGCUUAUGAUUGUGUUGAUUGGGCAUUUUUGGAUUGGAUGAUGGAAAGGUUUGGGUUUGGGCCUAGGUGGAGAGGAUGGAUGAUGGAGUGUUUAUCAACCGCAAGGGUGUCAGUCUUAGUUAAUGGCAGUCCGACUGAGGAGUUUGAGAUUGGAAAAGGAUUACGGCAGGGUGAUCCUUUGUCUCCUUUUCUGUUUUUGAUGGUUGGUGAGGGUUUACAUGGGUUACUUCGAAAAUCUGAAUCGGAGGGGUUGUUUAGGGGUGUUGAAGUUGGGAAAAGGGGUUUGGUUGUAUCUUUGCUACAGUUUGCCGAUGAUACAGUGAUUCUGGGUAAAGCUAAUGGGGAGAAUGUUUUUAUGGUUAAAACAGUGUUACGAUGGUUUGAGUUGAUGUCGGGGUUGCGGAUUAAUUUUGGUAAAAGUAGUGUCUAUGGCUAUAAUGUAUCGACAAGGUGGUUAAAUGGGAUGGCUUGUUCUUUACGGUGUGGUGUUGGGAAAACACCUUUCAUGUAUUUGGGACUCCCUGUUGGUGGUAAAUCUGGGAGCAAAAAACUGUGGGAACCAGUGAUUAAUAAGUUUCGUGCCAAACUUGCCGUCUGGAAGUCUGCUUCGUUGUCUUUUGGCGGCCGCAUCACUUUGCUUAAUUCGGUACUCUCUGCUUUGCCCAUUUUUUACAUGUCUCUAUUUUUACUACCUAGUUCUGUGGUUUCUGAAUUGGUAUCUAUCCAAAGGGGGUUUCUGUGGGGUGGGGCGGGUUUGAAUAGGAAAAUUCCAUGGGUUAAGUGGGAUAUUGUUUGUGGUAAUAAGUCGCAGGGAGGGUUAGGGGUGUCGGACUUGCGAAGGAAAAAUUGGGCACUCUUGGGGAAAUGGUGGUUCCGGUUUGGUGAUGGUGUGGGGAGUUUGUGGAAGCGGGUAGUAAGGGACAAAUAUUAUGAGGGUCGUUGUGAGGUGGAUAUAACAGCAAUUGAUUAUUUAAGGGUGUCGAAAUUGUGGAAAGAUAUUAUCAGCAUUGGGGGGAAAUCAGUUAGGUUGAGGAGUAUGUUGGGGAAUGGGUUUCGAUGGGAGGUGGGGUGUGGGAGUAGGGUGGGUUUUUGGAGGGAGAAAUGGGUGGGAGAUAAAUCCUUAAGGGAUUUAUGUCCAAGAUUGUAUGCCUUGGCCGUGAAUAAGGAAGGCUUGGUUAGUGAUAUGGGGCACUGGGAAGGGGAUAGGUGGCAGUGGAAUAUGGUGUGGAGAAGGGGGCGAAUGGGGCGUGAAAAGGAUGAGGAGGAGGUUUUGUGGGGGGUUGUGGAUUGUGUACAAUUAAAGAAUGGCAGGGAGGAUGUUUGGAAUUGGGUACAUGACCCAAGAGGUAAAUAUUCGGUGAGGACAGCUUAUGAAUUUUUAUCUCCUGAGGAGUGUCAUCUAGAUUCCCAAUUGUGCAGGUUUAUUUGGUGUAGGCUUGUGCCUUUGAAAGUUAGCUUUUUUGGGUGGAGGUUAUGUCUUGAUCGGCUGCCAACAAAAUGGAAUUUACAAAAACGGGGUGUGUUGGUGCAGCAAGAGGGUUCUUUUUGUGGUUUGUGUCAUGGGGUGGUGGAGGAGGUUGAUCAUCUAUUUUGUACGUGCAGGGAAGCUUGGUUAGUUUGGGUUAAGGUGCUGAAUUGGUGGGGCAUUGAAACUGUCAUGUUGAAUACUGUUAGGGGAGUGGCAGAAUUUUUCUUCUUUGAUUUGGGUAGAAUUAUAGGGAAGGAGUUGGGUGCAUGUGUUUUUCUUGUUGUUGCAUGGUAUCUUUGGUAUUGGAGGAAUGCUUGUGUAUUUAAGAAUUGUGGGAGUAUGCAGGAGUGUUUGUUGGAUAAGUUGAACCCAAUUGAGUGUGCCUUAGCUGUUAAACGGUAUAAGAGGAUGUUGAAGAGUUUCCAAAAGCUGCAUCAUCGUUUACUUUGAGUUAUGUCUGUUGGCAUUAAUGUGUUACUGUCCCGGUCAUCUCUUUUAUUUUGGGGUGAUGGGUUUGGUUUGUUAAUGCUAAGAAUAGGAUUUUCCUUUGUAUAUGGGUUGGAGUACCCCUUGUACUCCCUCAAUUAAUAUAUUUAUCUUUGCUGA